AUGGCCCCGCUGGAUGUCGCCAUGCAGGGCCUCGCGUUGUUCGGCUUGGUUCUGUUCGCCGUGCUGUGGUUGAUGCACUUCAUGUCCAUCAUCUACGUGCGCCUUCACAUGCAUAGGAAGAGGUCAGAGGUCAAACAGCCGUUCCCCCAGGUGCCCGGGGUCUCUCUGCUGAAGCCUCUGAAGGGGGUCGACCCAAACCUCAUCUCCAACCUGGAGACCUUCUUCACGCUGGACUACCCCAAGUAUGAGAUCCUGCUCUGCGUUCAGGACCAGGAUGAUCCAGCUGUUGACGUCUGUAAGAAACUGUUGGGUAAAUAUCCAAACGUCGACGCUCGUCUCUUCAUCGGAGGGAAGAAGGUUGGAAUCAACCCAAAGAUCAACAACCUGAUGCCAGGAUAUGAAGCAGCUAAAUAUGGACUGGUGUGGAUCUGUGACAGUGGCAUCAAAGUGAAACCUGACACCCUGACAGACAUGACCAAUCAGAUGACAGAGAAGGUGGGGCUGGUCCAUGGGCUGCCGUACGUCGCUGACCGCCAAGGCUUUGCUGCCACACUGGAACAGGUGUACUUUGGGACGUCCCACCCUCGCUCCUACAUCUCUGCCAACGUGACGGGGAUCAAGUGUGUGACGGGGAUGUCGUGUCUGAUGAGGAAGGACGUGUUGGACCAGGCAGGUGGACUCGUGACCUUCGCUCAGUACAUCGCUGAGGAUUACUUCAUGGCUAAAGCCAUCGCUGACAGAGGCUGGAGGUUCUCCAUGGCCACGCAGGUGGCCCUGCAGAACUCAGGCUCAUACUCCAUUGGUCAGUUCCAGUCCAGGAUGAUCAGGUGGACCAAGCUGAGGAUCAACAUGGUUCCAGCCACGGUCCUGGAGCCGGUCUCCGAGUGUUUCCUCGCCAGCCUCAUUAUCGGCUGGGCCGCUCACCACAUCUUCAGGUGGGACAUGAUGGUCUUCUUCAUGUGUCACUGUCUGGCCUGGUUCAUCGCAGACUACAUCCAGCUGACUGGAGUCCAGGGCGGUCCUCUCAGCUUCUCCAAGCUGGACUUCGCCGUGGCCUGGUUCAUCCGAGAGUCCAUGGCCGUUCAGAUCUUCCUGUCGGCUCUGUGGGACCCCACCAUCAGCUGGAGGACCAGCCGGUACCGGCUGCGCUGCGGCGGCACCGCCGAGGAGAUCCUGGACGUGUAGUAACCAUGGCGAUGCCCCGCCCCUCCUCAUCGUUACAAAGACGAGGAGACAGAGACUGAUGGUUGUUUUAUAUGGUGUGUGUGUGUGUGUGUGUGUGUGUGUGUGUGUGUGUGUGUGUGUGUGUGUGUGUGUGUGUGUUUUUAAUUAUUUAUGUUUCUGUUGGUGCUAAAAACAAACAGCAGAGCGAGCCAAUCAGAACGCAGGAACAAAGAACUUAAAAAAAAAA